AUGCUCAGCCCAAACCGCCUGGAAGCGUCUCCUGGGAUUGCCGUGGCCCCCGGGCGUGCGGAGUGCGGAGCCUUCCCUCGGACGGCGGGCGCGGCCCCCCGGCUUUGCCUUCCCCUCGUCCUCCUGCUGCUCGCCCUGACGCCCCGCGCCGACUCCUCGUGGUGGUACAUCGGGGCACUGGGCGCGAGGGUGAUCUGUGACAACAUCCCCGGGCUGGUGAACAAGCAGCGACAGCUCUGCCAGAGGUACCCUGACAUCAUGCAGUCGGUUGGGGAGGGAGCCAAGGAGUGGAUCCGGGAGUGCCAGCACCAAUUCCGGCACCACCGCUGGAACUGCAGCACCCUGGACCGCGACCACACCGUCUUCGGCCGGGUCAUGCUGAGAAGCAGCAGGGAGGCCGCCUUCGUGUACGCCAUCUCCUCGGCCGGGGUGGUCUAUGCCAUCACACGGGCGUGCAGCCAGGGGGACCUCAAGGUGUGCAGCUGUGACCCGCUCAAGAGGGGCCGCUCCAAGGACGAGCGCGGGGAGUUCGACUGGGGCGGCUGCAGCGACAACAUCAACUACGGCAUCCGCUUUGCCAAGGCCUUCGUGGAUGCCAAGGAGAAAAAGGUGAAGGACGCCCGGGCACUGAUGAACCUGCACAACAACCGCUGCGGGAGGAUGGCUGUGAAGCGCUUCCUCAAGCUGGAGUGCAAGUGCCACGGCGUCAGCGGCUCCUGCACACUAAGGACUUGUUGGCUGGCAAUGUCAGAUUUUCGAAAAACAGGGGAUUACCUGAGGAAGAAAUACAACGGGGCCAUCCAGGUGACGAUGAAUCAGGAUGGCACUGGCUUCACCGUGGCCAACAAGAACUUCAGGAAGCCCACAAAAACAGAUCUGGUGUAUUUUGAGAACUCACCUGAUUACUGCGUGAUGGACAAGUCAGCAGGCUCCCUGGGCACGGCCGGCCGCGUGUGCAGCAAGGCGUCCCGCGGCACGGACGGCUGCGAGGUGAUGUGCUGCGGCCGCGGCUACGACACCACGCGCGUCACCCGCGUCACCAAGUGCGAGUGCAAGUUCCACUGGUGCUGCGCUGUGCGCUGCAAGGAGUGCGAGGACACUGUGGACGUGCACACGUGUAAGGCCCCCAAACGGGCCGAGUGGCUGGACCAGACCUGA